AUGGCGGAACAGGGACAAAAGGAAAUUUCUUUUGAGCUCUUUUAUCCGAAAAAUAGAAGUGGCGGGAACUCGUAUGAACACAAACAUCUUACCGACUUCGAGUUCUGGAGAAAAAUCGCUGAUGAUAAAGCACAUAUUGAGGACCAGUUUGCCAGGAAAAUGUAUGCAUGGACCGCUUCUGUCCGCAAGGAGCUUUCCAGUUUACAAACUCACAAAGAUUCACACCUGACCAAGUCUCUAGAGAUGGAAUUGGGAUUCUCCAACCUAAGGGCUGACCAGGCGGAACGGAAUUCGAUAGCCUUCACUCGGCUGGCACGCCACCUAGAAAGGGAAACAGUCGGUGAUGUAUCUGACGAGUACACGGGCCGUAUGAUGACCUAUCGACACCUGUUGAGAACACUGAGCAAAGUCUCUGCCACCUGUCAGCAGCUUCAGCAAAAGCUCGUGAGGAAACGAUCGAAGUUGAGGGAACAUCUGAUGGCCAUAGCCAGGAUGGACGAAAGCAGACAGGAAGUGGCGCCAGAACUACAUGGUAACAUGAAGGAGAUCCGUAGAAGUGUGGAUACAGCAACUAGUAAAUGUCGCCAGGCCCAGCAAAAACAGGCUUCUGUUGUAGAGGAGGCGAAACAGCAAUCACAAAAGCUAAGGGCUUCAUGGAUUCACAAAGAAAUCCGACGGUCGGAGUUCCUUGUCCAAGAGUGGCUACAAUGCCUCACAGAAAAGAUGACGUCACUAGACACCGACGAUAGAGAGUAUGAGUGCAAAGCGCUAAAGCUGUCCGAUUCUGUAUCCGUGCCGGAAAUGGUUGAACGGUUGGCAGAGAACAGGAAGAAGCAGUUCACCAUCAAGGAGAUGGAUAUGGAAACUGACAUGAGCUUAUCUCCGCCCUUAUCACCUGUCGUCGUUUCUACCCGAAAUAACACCCUACUGUCCGAUGUAGAAACGGACCUUGUGGUACGACUUGACAAUACGUCAGAGGAUGAGUCACUCGGAGAGGCACGUUUGGAUAGAAGGAAAGUGAAACUAGAGAUCAAUUACCAUAAGCCUCCAACUUAUGAAGGAGUCACCAGUCUUAUCUGUGAAUCUUCCUCCAUAGAGAAGAUCGAUUGUGAUGAGGAUAGAAGAAUUGUUCGAAGUAGCGGAACAUCAAUGAAAACGUUUCUUCCUGGGGAUGAAUUCGAUGUCGCUUUGAUGGGAGAGGGGGACUCUGGUAAUACAGGAGUACAGCCAAAGAAGGUUCCUAUUCUCUGUUUGGAUGAAGGCAAUUCUUAUCACGUGGUUGUAACGAAGGAUUAUCGGAAAAAGUCUGCUCGGGACAUCACUAUAAGACGUGGCCAGAAGUUAGAGGUGUGUUCCAUGGCACCAAGGAAGGGGAUGCUGUUCGGCUAUAAGAAGUGUCGGUUUAGUGGUAAAGAGAAGGGAGGAUAUUUCCCAGAGGACUGUGUCGUUAUCUACUAA